AAAUAACAUGCAUUUAAAUGAUUAGCCCAGUUCCUGGCUCAUACUAAGUGCUCAAUAAAUGUUUGCUGCUGCAAUAUGGUUAUUCAGUUCAUUGCCAACAUUUUCCAGCUUUACCCUGUCUUUGGAAAAAGAACGCUACCUGAAGAAUUUUUGCCCUUUUGAGACCCAGGAAGAUGAAGGUCAUCACUUGUGAAAUAGCGUGGCACAACAAGGAGCCGGUGUAUAGCCUGGACUUCCAGUAUGGGAUGGCUGGGCGGAUCCACAGACUGGCCUCUGCAGGGGUGGACACCACUGUCAGGAUCUGGAAAGUUGAAAAAGGACCAGAUGGAAAAGCGAUUGUGGAAUUUUUGUCUAAUCUUGCUCGUCAUACCAAAGCUGUCAACGUUGUACGUUUUUCUCCAUCUGGGGAGAUUUUAGCAUCAGGAGGAGAUGAUGCUGUCAUUCUGCUGUGGAAGGUGAAUGAUAACAAGGAGCCUGAACAGAUUGCUUUUCAGGAUGAGGAUGAGGCUCAGCUGAAUAAGGAGAAUUGGACUGUUGUAAAAACCCUGAGGGGUCACUUGGAAGAUGUAUAUGAUAUUUGCUGGGCAACUGAUGGGAAUUUAAUGGCUUCUGCCUCUGUGGAUAACACAGCUAUCAUAUGGGAUGUCAAUAAAGGACAGAAGAUUUCCAUUUUUAAUGAACAUAAAAGUUACGUACAAGGAGUAACCUGGGACCCUUUGGGCCAGUAUAUUGCUACCCUGAGCUGUGACAGGGUGCUGCGGGUGUACGGCACACAGAAGAAACGUGUGGCCUUUAAUGUUUCAAAGAUGCUCUCUGGAAUAGGGGCUGAAGGAGAGGCAAGAAGUUAUCGGAUGUUUCAUGAUGACAGCAUGAAAUCAUUCUUUCGUAGACUUAGUUUUACUCCUGAUGGAUCUUUGCUCCUCACACCAGCUGGAUGCGUGGAAUCUGGUGAAAAUGUAACAAAUACAACUUAUGUUUUCUCCAGGAAAAAUCUUAAAAGGCCUAUUGCUCAUCUUCCAUGUCCUGGAAAAGCAACGCUUGCUGUUCGCUGCUGUCCAGUCUACUUUGAAUUGAGGCCGGUAGUGGAAACAGACAAAUCAUCACCAGAGCCAGGUCAGGAACUGAUAAACCUGCCCUACCGCUUGGUGUUUGCCGUGGCUUCGGAAGACUCCGUGCUUUUAUAUGACACCCAGCAGGCUUUCCCUUUUGGUUAUGUGUCUAACAUACAUUAUCACACCCUGAGUGACAUUUCAUGGUCCAGCGAUGGGGCCUUCCUGGCCAUUUCUUCCACAGACGGUUAUUGUUCAUUUGUGACGUUUGAGAAGGAUGAACUUGGAAUCCCUUUGAAAGAGAAGCCAGUUUUGAGCGUGAGUACUCCUGACACAGCAAAGAAAACGAAGAGUCAGAUACACCAGGGGUCUUCGCCAGGACCCAGAUCGGUGGAGGGAACCCCCACCAGCAGGACCCAGGACCCCAGCAGUCCCAGCACCAUCCCCUCUCAGGCCAAGCUGUCCCCAACCCCACCUGCAGUCAAGGACAUGCCCUCAAUGACCCCUGGUGUCAAAGGCACCUUGCCAGGGUCUGCAGAAGAGAAGAAGACCCCGCAGCCCAGUGGUCCCAGCAUGAAAGCCCACCUACCCCGCAGGGUCACUCUGAACACGCUGCAGGCCUGGAGCAAGACACCGCCCCGGAGGAUUAACUUAAUACCCUUAAAGACAGAUACUCCACCAAAUUCUGUACCAGCCAGUGUAAUAUUCACCCCUUCCACAGAAGAAAUUCAGUCAGAGGUACCUGGAGACCCUCAGUGCUGUCACCCAGAGCUCAAACGUCCCAGGCUCAGUGAAAACAGUGACAACACCCAGAGUGUGGACCCUUGA